AGCCGUACGGCGCCGUGCUUCAUGUGGCAUCACAUAAACAAGUGCCUCUUCUGAGCUGUGUCACGUGCGAUCGAGAUGCCGACUGCGCAGCGAGUCCCUCACCGCCCCCUUCUGUUCUACGCUGUUGUUCUGUCUCCGCCACACCCAUAGAGGAAUUAGAGGACCAGAGCAACGCUUUGGCCAAACGCUCUCCGCUACUUCGUGCUUUUCUCCCUUCCUCUCCUUCGUAGUAGAGGGUGUGCCCCCGCGUGCGUCGACCCGCACGUGUGUGUCUCUGUGCGGUGCACAGAUGUCAUCUGCCUUCCACAGCCGCGUCGCCGCCGCGCGGGACCGCGAGAAGGCGGCGGCCCGCAGCGCCCAACUCACCGACCUCUUCGGCCGUCUCGCCACGGCGGAUGAACGGGCGCGUCGCGGGUCCACCGAGGUCGACGACGCCGACGUCUUCGGCGGAGCGGGCAGCCCCGGCCCGUCGGAGCGUGCCCGCAACGGCCGUGAGCAGCGCAAGCGCACCGCAGCGCCGUCGCUGUCGCCCACGUUGUCACCGCCUCGACCGCAAAACGGUGCCGUCUUCUUCCACAACGGCCGCGCGCUUGUCCUGUCUCCUGCCAGCCGCCGACUCCCCCCAGCUUUCUACGAGCAGACGCGGGUCGUGGGCAGCGUCGAGGUGGCGACCACCGAGGUGCAACGGACGCUGCUGCGGCUCCAUCGCGACCUCGCCGUGCACGGCCGCCAGCGCAGCAACUCGCACUCGACUCCCCAUAGCAGCAACAACAAGACGCGUGCGAUGGGCCGGGAGAGGCACAGCGGCAGCGGGGCGAUGAACGCGUCUGACUCGUCGGGCAGCGCGCCCGGUGACUUCGACGCCCCUGCGACGACCACCGCCGCGGCGCAGCGCCGGAUCGCAGCGGAGGAGGCGAAGGUGGAGAAGAUGCGCGUCCAGCGGGCCCGUGCGGCAGCCGCGGACGAGGGCGCGUCGGAUGUGCAGUCUGUCGAGGACUACGGCGUCGACUGCGAGAUCCCGCCGCUGACGGGGGAGAGCCGCGUGGAGGCCGAAGUCGCCGCCGUCGCCGACCACUUUGCCAAGGCCAAGACCUCCGCCCUCGCCAUGGCAGAAGUGGAGGAGCUGGCGCCCACGACAUCCGCCGCGCCGUGGUGGUCGUCCGCCUUGCGCCUGCGCGAUAUGAAGGCCGCUGCGGCUCGCCUGGACUACCACGCGCGUGCCGCCCUCGGCCGGUCGUACCGCGCACGGGAGCAGCUGCUGCUGCAGGUGGCGCACCUCAACAACGUCUCCGCCGCCACCCGCACCCAGCUUCUCCAGCAGCAGCAGCGCUGGCAGGAGUUCCAGACGCGACUGCGCGAUGGCCAGCAGGCGAUGACGCAACUGCAGGCGGCCAUCGCGCAGCGGCAGGCGCAGACGCAGGAGCAGGCAAACCACCGGGCGAAGUUGCAGGAGGAGCUGCUGCUGCGGGCACAGGAGACGGCCGUGGUGGACGCUGCAGAGACGAACCUCCUAAAGGCGGAACUCGCGCUUCUGCUGGCGGAGCGGGAGUGGCCGUCGCGGUCGCUGCAGCGCGAUGCGCAGACCGUACUCGAGUGGCUGAGGCACGCCUCCACACCGCUGGAGUAA